GAAUCUACAAGCCGCCAUUGGAGCCUACUAUGAUUUCGAGAGUCCAAAUAUCAAUGUACCCUCCAUGUCCUUUGUUGAAGAUGUCACCAUAGGUGAAGGAGAGUCCAUCCCUCCUGAUACCCAGUUUACAAAAACAUGGAGGAUACAAAACACAGGGACAGAGGCGUGGCCCCCGGGGGUUUGUCUGAAGUAUGUCGGGGGAGACCAGUUUGGCCAUGUAAACAUGGUGAUGGUCAGGUCCCUGGAGCCCCAGGAGAUUGCAGACGUCAGCGUUCAGAUGUGCAGCCCCAGUUUGUAUCAGGGACAGUGGCGAAUGUGCACUGCCACGGGACUCUAUUACGGAG